AUUGUUUUUUUAUCCGUUUUAAGUCCAUCUUUCAGCAAAGCGGUGAGAUUUUCCGUCAGGCAGUAGGUGUCCGGAUCUGCAGGGUGGCAGCUGAAGGACCCCGUCACCGCCGGUUUGUCCGUCAAAAUCAGCGUCUCGCCGCGAAAACCGACAGGAUUUCACUCGUCGCCGGACACUGAUCGCACCGUGAGCGGCGGAAGCUCCGUUUCACUCGUUUAUUCACCUUCCACCGGAGAUUCGCGCGAUUGAACAGUUCAGUCCGAGUCCGAUCCGAAUCGAAGAUGAGCGCGCUGGAGACUCUGGGUCGAGUCGAGCUGUGUGAGAGUCUCCUGACCUGGAUCCAGACGUUCGCUGUGGAGGCGCCGUGUUCAGCGGUGGACGAGAUGACCAGCGGAGUGGCCAUGGCACAAGUCCUGCAGAAAAUAGAUGGCAUGUAUUUCACUGACGCGUGGAUCAGUCGUAUCAAACCUGAUGUUGGAGACAACUGGAGGUUAAAGAUCAGCAAUUUAAAGAAGAUAUUGAAAGGUAUUCUGGAUUACAACCAUGAGGUGUUGGGGCAGCAGAUCAAUGACUUCACUCUUCCAGACGUCAGUCUCAUCGCAGAGCAUUCAGAUUCAGCUGAACUGGGCCGAAUGUUGCAGCUCAUCCUGGGCUGCGCUGUUAACUGCGAACAGAAGCAAGAGUAUAUCCAGACCAUCAUGAUGAUGGAGGAGUCUGUGCAGCACGUGGUCAUGACAGCCAUCCAGGAGCUGAUGAGUAAAGAGUCGCCCGUGUCCUCCGGAAACGACUCGUACGUCGAUCUGGACCGUCAGCUGAAGAAGACGGUGGAGGAUCUAAACGACGCUUUGGCCACUAAAGAGGAGAUCGCUCAGAGGUGUCACGAGCUGGACAUGCAGGCGUACCUCGUCCAAGAGGAGCGAGAUAGACUGAGGUUAGAGUGUAUUGAUCUAGAAGACAGGGUAAAUGUCUUUCUUUUCUUCUGCUCUAACCCUUCGCUGUUUUUGUGUCCAGAGUUUGCUGUCUGCUUGAUAACAUCCCUAAAUAGUGUGCAGGGAAGCGUUAUUAAGAGCAGUCUUCUGGCUGAGAACCAGGUGCUGAUGGAGCGGCUCAACCAGUCGGACUCCAUCGAGGAUCUGAACAGCCCGGCGGGACGCAGACACCUGCAGCUUCAGACGCAGCUGGAGCAGCUGCAGGAGGAGACCUUCAGCGUAAGUGUAGGACUGUGUGCGUCGAUCCGUCUGAUCUGUGCACAGUAUCCGAUUUGUUAUGCUCACGAGGAGGCACAGUCGCUCAAAGACGAGAUGGACGUGCUGAGGCACUCGUCUGAUAAGGUGUCGAAGCUGGAGGCGCAGGUGGAGGUGUAUAAGAAGAAGCUGGAGGAUCUGGGGGAUCUGAGGCGGCAGGUGAAGCUGCUGGAGGAGAAGAACACCAGCUACAUGCAGAACACAGUGACGCUGGAGGAAGAUCUGCGCAAGGCCAACGCCGCUCGAGGACAGCUGGAGACCUACAAGAGACAGGUGGUGGAGCUUCAGAACAAGCUCUCCGAGGAGUCCAAGAAAGCCGACAAGAUGGAGUUUGAGUAUAAACGAGUCAAGGAGAAAGUCGACUCUCUUCAGAAGGAGAAAGAUCGCUUGAGGACAGAGCGAGACUCUCUGAAGGAGACUAUUGAGGAGCUGAGGUGUGUUAAAGCUCAAGAGUCUCAGCUGACGUCAGGUUUAGUGCCGCUCGGCAGUAACGAGCCCUCUGACUUGCUGUCUGCAGAAAUUGUCACACCAGAGUUUAGGGAGCGUCUGAUUCGCCUGCAGCAUGAGAAUAAGAUGCUGAAACUGGCUCAGGAGGGAUCAGAUAAUGAACAGAUCGCUCUGCUGCAGAGUUUACUGGAGGACGCCAACAGCAGGAAGAACGAGCUGGAGACGGAGAACAGGCUGGUGAAUCAGAGGCUGCUGCAGGGUCAGUCUCAGGUGGAGGAGCUGCAGAAGUCUCUUCAGGAACACGGAUCCAAAGCAGAAGAUACGGUGAUCAUGAAGAGGAAGUGUCAGGAACACCUGGAGAAAUUAAUGGACGCCACUAACGAGCUUCAGAAGAAGAGUGCAGCGAUCGAAGAGCUGGAGAACAAACACUCUUCCAGUGAUCAGAGGAUUGAAGAGCUGGAGGACGCGCUGAAGAAGAAGGAUGAAGAUAUGAAACAGAUGGAGGAGAGAUACAAGAAAUACCUGGAGAAAGCCAAGAGUGUCAUUCGUACUCUGGACCCCAAACAGAAUCAGGGUUCUGCUCCUGAAGUUCAGGCUCUGAAGACCCAGGUGCAUGAGCGCGAGAGGAUGCUGAUCUCACUCCAGAAGGAGUAUGACAAGCUGUCGUCUCAGAAAGACCAGGAGGAGAAACUCAUCGUAUCUGCCUGGUACAACAUGGGCAUGGCUCUGCAGAAGAAGGCGGCUGAGGAGCGUCUGGCCAGCACGGGUUCGGGUCAGUCUUUCUUGGCACGUCAGAGACAGGCCACCAGCUCCCGUCGGACGUAUCCGGGCCACGUGCAGCCCACCGCAGCCAGUGACCUUAAAGCAUGAGCGGCAGGGGGCGUGGCUGCAUGUCAUCAGGGGGCGUGGCUGCAGACAUCAGGGGAGGGGCUGCAUGUCAUCAGGGGGCGUGGCUGCAACAUCAGGGGGCGGGGCUGCAUGACUGCGUGUGAUUUGAGCUCAUGCUGCUGAGUUUAACCCAUCGCUGCACACUAACUAACCCAGAAUGCUAACCGCUUUCCUUCCCAUCAGAAGUGGGCGGGGCCGGCGCCUGUCAAUCAUGCUGUGGGCGUGAGCUCGGAUUACAGAUGGAUGAACUCCUACACGUUCCUCAUGUUUUCAUUUUAGC